AUGGCGCUGGUGAUGGAGCCGGUGAGCAAAUGGAGCACGAACCAGGUGGUGGACUGGAUCAAAGGUCUGGACGACUGCUUGCAGCAGUAUGUGUGUGUGUUUGAGCGCGGAGGUGUUUGUGGGGAGCGGCUGCUGAGGAUUAGCCACGCCGAACUCGAGGAGCUGGGAGUCUCUCGCAUUGGACACCAGGAGCUCAUUCUGGAGGCUGUCGACUUACUCUGUGCCCUGAACUCAGGGCUGGAGACAGAGAGCGUCAGGACUCUGGCUCACAAGCUCGGCGCCUCAGCCAAGAACCUACAGAACUUCAUUUCCGGCCGUCGCCGGAGCAGCCAAUCGGAAAGCAGGAGCUCGCGGCGCCUCCCCAAUGAUCUGCUGACCUCCGUGGUCGACCUCAUCACCGCUGCCAAGAGCCUGCUGGCCUGGCUGGACAGGUCUCCCUUUGCUGCAGUGGCAGACUACUCAGUAACCCGAAAUAAUGUCAUUCAGCUCUGCCUGGAGCUCACCACCAUUGUACAGCAGGACUGUACGGUGUUUGAGACGGAGAACAAAAUCCUUCAUGUGUGUAAGACUCUGUCGGAGGUGUGCGAGCACAUCGUCUGUGUGUCAUCGGACCCGCUGGUUUCUCAGUCGGCCCACCUCGAGCUGGUUCACCUCACCAACAUCAAACCCUCUGAAGGCCUGGGAAUGUACAUAAAGUCAACCUACGAUGGACUCCAUGUCAUCACAGGAACUACAGAAGGGUCUCCAGCUGAUCGCUGUAAGAAGAUCCAUGCAGGAGAUGAAGUCAUUCAAGUCAAUCAUCAGACUGUGGUGGGCUGGCAGUUACGUAACCUGGUUGGCUCGCUGCGGGCCGAUAAAGGCGUCGUGUCCCUGACCCUGAAGAAGCGUCCACAGAGCACGCUCAGUUCUGCCCCUGCGCUGCUGAAGAACAUGCGCUGGAAACCCCUGGCUUUGCAGCCAACCAGAAGCCCAGGCAGCAGUUCGGCCACGCCUUCAGGCACACCCACCAAGAACUCCGCCCUCCAGGACCUUUACAUUCCCCCUCCGCCCUCUGAGCCGUACACACCCAGAGAUGAGACAGGAGCCUUGUCUGGUGAUGAGGCAUCUCGUAACCAUGGUGGCGUCAGUGCUGCUAAGCGCUCUGAGUCACCGAACUCCUUCCUGGAUCAAGAGUCUCGCCGGCGAGAAGAGGAGGAGCCCGUGUACUGCACCACGCCCACAUACGGCAGGCUGAGGCCCAUCUCCAUGCCUGUGGAGUGCAACUGGGUGGGUGAUUAUGAAGACCCAGCCAAGCUUAACAGAGAAAGCCGCAGAGAAGCCUCGCUGAUGCGUUACGUGGGACUGUCUGGCGGGGAUGAGCGGGCCUGCAGUGAAGACUACUCCUCCCACACAGCUCGUCCGGGCAAACGGUCCAAUGACACGGCCAAACGUGCCAAGAGACGGAGUCACCACAGUCAAAGUCCUUCCCACUAUGUGCUUCAGACAAAUCAGAGAGAGUCGCCUCCCAGAGACCCAGCCUCCAUUUACCAUACAUACCAACAGUCCUCCUCCUCCUCCUCUCUGCAGUCAAAGAACAGGAAGAAGAAUAAAGGACGAAGUUUGGCCUCGCUGAGUCGGAGGCGUGUUUCCUGCAAGGCGCUGGGCAGAGGAGACUGCGAGGGCUGGCUGUGGAGAAAAAGGGAUGCAAAGGGUUACUUUUCACAGAAAUGGAAGAAGUACUGGUUUGUUCUGAAGGACAACUGCCUGUACUGGUACAUCAAUGAAGAGGAUGAAAAAGCUGAGGGUUUUGUCAGUCUUCCAGAGUUUAAGAUUGAUCGAGCCAGUGAAUGCCGCAAGAAGUAUGCUUUCAAAGCUUGUCACCCCAAGGUCAAGAGUUUCUACUUUGCAGCAGAUGGAGUGGAUGACAUGAACAGGUGGCUGAGUCGUCUCAACAUGGCUGCUGUGGGCUAUGCAGAGCGAGAGAGGAUACGCCAGGAUCAGGAUUACUGGAGUGAAAGUGAACAUGAGGAUGAUGCCGCCUCCAGCCCCAAACAGGACAGUCCCCCACCUCCAUAUGAUACCUACCCACGGCCUCCAUCAAUGAGCGCCUAUUUGGAAGGAGGUCGGACCACUCGGCUGUCUUCCACAGAGACGUCUCGCUCUCGCUCAUCCCAGGAGGACUUCCUCUGUGGCGAGCCUCCAGCUGCAGCUGCAGAGCCACAGUACCACCCUGGUCCUCUAGGGGGAGGCAGCACACACAGUGGGAGAAAAGCAGGGGGCAGCAGCAGCAGCGACGUGCAGUACAGAUGUGAUCCUGUAGAGUACCGAUCCAGUCCUGCAGGGGGCAGCAGUGAGACGGGGUCCCCGGGCCGCUCUUCAUCAUCUCAGAGACGCUCUUGGCAGGACCUGAUUGAGACACCGCUGACCGAAGCUGGACUGCACUACCUUCAAACUGGACCACUUGAGGAUGCCGUCUUUGCUGAGCCAGGCCCCGGUGGCGGCUCGAUGAUGGCCGGAGCUGUUUACACUCUUCCUGCUCCGAGGAAUGUCCCGUUGCCCAUGGCAAUGCAGAGGCUGAUUCCUAUGGCAACCCAGGGAGGGAAACCCCGCAGCUUCACACUGCCACGAGACAGCAACCUCCACACACUCCUCGCGCCGCCUGCGAAAGAAGAACAGCAAACACACAACGGUGGUAGCGAAGGCGCGUCCCUGGGCGACCUGUUUCGUGCGUGCGAGCAGGGUGGGGUCUGUCCUCUGGGUCGGGGGUCGGACGCCAAAGGUCAGUCAGAGUUCAGGCAGUCGUUCCUCCGAAGGGCCGCGGACCCUCAGCUCAACGAGCGCCUGCACCGCCUCCGCAUACUGACCUCCACAUUGAAGGACAGGGAGGGGGAGCUAGCACUGAUUGACAGGCUGCUGGCCAAUCCCCAGCUGUCGUCGGCAGAGUUCCAGGAGUGGAAGAGGGCCUAUCAGGAGCUGUUCACUCAGGAGUCGAACUCGGCCGCCGAAUCAGAUCCCGGCCCACCCCUGACCCCCUCGCUCUCUCACACGCACUCCUACAUCGAGACUCAUGUCUGA